AUGGGAUAAAAUAAAAAUGCUGCUUUAUUAACUUCCAUAAUUCAUUUUGCAUUCAAUAGAAAAUAAUAACAAAUUCUGAAUAUUAUCUAUAAAUUUCUAAUUUCCAUUUAAAAUAGACCAAUUUAUUCAUAAAUUGCAUCAUUAAUAACAGACUCUAUAGAUCAAUUGAAUCCUGUUUAGAAGUUCUUUUAAAAUUUUUAUAUGAUAGAUUAAUAAAAUGAAAUUGCUGAAAAAAUAUUAUAUGAAUUAUGUAAUUAAUAGAGAUUACUUAUUGGAAAUAAUAUAAAUUAUUACAGUUUAGCAAAAUAUUUAAAUAUUAGGAUUUCAUUUCUGAAAGCUAAUGAAUCUUAUGGAUAUUAUGAAAAUAAAAUUGAUCUCUACUAGGCAUAAAAUAAAAAAUUCUUUUAUUUAAUUCCUGAACCAAUAUUUUAUGAACUUCCAUUAGACUAUUGUAUUUAAUGCAAAAAUUAUUCUGAUUGUAUAAAAUUAAGUUGUUAACAUAAACUCUGUACCUUUUGUAUACAAACUAAAACUUAUUACAAGUGUUGUUAAUAAUAAUAUAAUGAAAUAUAUUUGUAAAAUAAAUUAGAAUAGUAAACUAUAUUUAAAGAAUACAAUAAAAGAAGUAAAGCUUUGUUAGAUUAUUAUGAUAAUUCAAAAUCAUUAGUUUAAAAUACUUUAUAAAAUAGUAAUAGCAAUAAGGCUGAAUUGAUUCAAAAUGAUUCUUUAAAAAGUUGUGAUUUAUGCAAUAAAAAAAUUAAAACCUAAUUAUUUAUCUAAAAGGAUUGUCAACAUCAAUAUUGUUAUGAUUGUAUGCUUCAAAAUUCACAUUACACAUACUGUCAUGUUACAAAAUGUAAAACAAGGAUAGAUUAAAAGGAAUAUUAAAAUUAUUUACUUUAAUUUAAAAAAGAAAAUAAAGAUAAAGAACCUAUAAAUUAAUCCGAAUAAAUAAACUAAUAGAAUUCAAACCGUCCUAAAGAGUUACAAUCAAUAAUAAAUGAAUAAUGCUCUAAGUGCAAUACAACUUUAUCCUAUAAAUUAUUUUAAAUAACAAAGUGUAAUCAUAGAAUUUGCAAUACUUGUUUAUAAGUUGUUGGAAUAUUCAAUACUUUUUAUAAAUUUUGCUUAGUCUAAAAUUGUAAAUAAACUUUUACACUAAAAGAAUAUAAAAAUUAUAUUCAAUAUUUAUAGGAUGCCUCUAAAUCAGAAAUAUAUCAAGAAAAUGUUAACAUACCUAAAUAUAAAGAUUUUAAAUGCUAAAAUUGUUUAAAGUUACAAAAUGAAGAUAUGUAAUAUAUUUUAAAUUGUGGUAAUGUUAUCUGUUAGAAAUGUGUCAUUGAAAAUUAAUUAAUUAUGAAGUGUUGUUCUAUAGCAGCUUAAGAUAAAGAAUAUUAAAAUUUUAGAAACAAUCUUAAGAUAAAUUGUGAAGAUUGUUAAAAUACAUUUCUUGUCAAAAAUAUAUUUAUUUUGAAUUGCCACCAUAAAUUUUGUUUAUAAUGUUGUUAAAAGAUAUAUUCUUAACAAAUCCAUAGAUGUUUGGUAAAUAGUUGCAAAUAAUUGAUUUUAAAUUAGAUAGACAAUUUAAUUAUUUUUAUUAUUGAUUAGGAUACAUAGUAAAAUAAAGAAAAUUAAAUUAAAUAGGAGAAUAAUGUAAAAUUAAGUCUAAAUGAAGAGCAUUAAAUUGAUAAAUUAAAUAAGGAAAUUAAAGAAGAAGAAAAGAUUAUUGAAAAGACUAAUCUUAGCAAUAGAAAUUAAUGUUAAGAAAACAAAAAUGAGGAAGAAAAAUCUAUAUCUACUUAAAAUUCUGUAAUCACGAUAAAGGAAAUAUAAAAAGUUGAUUAUGAAAAUUAAGAAAAUGAGAAAAAGAAUUAAGAAUCAAAAUAAAAAAAUUAAAUUAUUAUGUCAAAUAGAUCAAAAAUACAAAAUGUCCUUUUAAAUGAUAAAUAAAGGAAAUUAGAAAAAUAAAAACAAAAUUUUUUAGAAGCUGAUUCUGUUUUUGAAGGAUAAAAUUAAGAUGAAUAAUGUAUUAAAUAAUAAAUAGAAGAAAUCAAUUUAACCUAAGAAAAGGAAAAUGAUUUAUGUAAAGGAAAUUGUUCAAAAUGUUAUCAAGAAUUUUCUACUUAUAAUAAAAGAUAAGAGAUAAAUUGUAAAUGCCAUUAAAUAGGAGUUUGUUGCAUAUUUAUAAAUUUUAAAAAUUGUCCUUAAUGUGAACAAGAACCGUAAAAAGCAAUUUUGAUAAAAUAAAAGCUUAUUUUACCAACCAAUCCUGUUGAAAUAGAAUAUAUUUUUGAUUCAACUAUUAUUAAGCCCUCUUAAUAAAAUUAUCAUCCUUAGUCAUACCAAUAAACUUAUUAGAGAUAACCUUCAAAUUUUGAAAACAUAGAAAAAUACAAAUAAAAUCAAGGUUCAGCAUACAAAAGAAAUGCUACAAUUGACUAAUUAAAUAAAAGAGUUUCUGAAAGUCAAAAAUUUACAGAUGAUAGAUCUCAAUUAAGAAAUGAUCUUCGAAAUCGAAAUGAAUUAACUUUAUAAAGAUCUCCUCAUCAUUAUAAUUAAUAAGUCUAUAACACUUAAUAUUAUGAAAAACAUAAUUAUGCCAGAUAUACUUAAGGAAAUUUAUAUGGAUAGCCAAAAAGAGAAUAUCUAUCAGGAUAUCCAAUUAAAUUUCAAUGA